AUGGUAAAAUUGACCAAUAUCAAAAAACAAGAAAAAGAAGAAAAAACCCCUGUACAAAAAGUAGAAGAAAGUGAUAAUGAAUCAUUUUCAUCGUCAUCUUCAUCUUCAGAAGAUGAAAUAAUGGAAGGGUUAUCUGAUUUAGAAGAAGAAGUCAAUGCACAACAACAUACAAUUAAGAAACUAGAUCCAAGCAAGAAAAAAAAAAAAAAUAAAGAUGAAGCACAAGAAAACAAUUUGAAUGGUAAGGGCAAAAAGAAUACAAAUGAAUAUUCCUCAAUCAUUUAUGUUAGUAGAUUGCCAAAUGGUUUCUAUGAGAAGGAAUUAAGUAAAUAUUUCUCCCAAUUCGGGGAUUUGAAAGAAGUUAGAUUAGCUAGAAAUAAGAAGACAGGCAAUUCGAGACAUUAUGGGUUCAUAGAAUUCGCUAAUAAAGAUGAUGCCAAGAUUGCACAAGAGACUAUGAAUAAUUAUUUGUUGAUGGGACAUUUAUUACAGGUUCGUCUAAUGGAGAAGGGGUCAAAAAUCGAAAAACUUUAUAAAUACAAGAAGAGAUCAUUUAAUGAAAAUAAAUAUAAAAAGAGUAAAAAGGAGAUUGAAGAGGCAUCUGAUAUCAGACAUAAAGAAAGAAUGGAUAAAUUAGAGAAAUCUGGAAUUGAUUUCAAAUGGUAA